AUGACCGUCGUCCAGUCCACCCUGCGCCAUACGGUCGCCGAAGCCUUCAUUGAGAAAUGGACACACAUAUUGCGCUCCCGACUAGGUCGCACCUCACGUCUCACGCGCAUCACCGCAACGCUUUCGCUCCUCAUAUCAAUCAUCCUCGGCGCCGAGGGCGGACGCAGGUGGUGGAAGAAUCGACGGCAUGAGCGCGAGCAAGGGCGGAAGCUGGUCAGGACAAACUCGUGGCUACACAACAAAGAUGGGUCCAGGACGAUCUAUGUCCCGUACAAGGAUGGCACGACCAAAGUUGUGAUCAAUACGACCAAGCCCUUGACGUUUGAGGCACAUAGGCGGUUGUUUCUGAACCCUCCGCGUGUGUCAGGAUUGGGAGAUGGAACGGUGCCCUCGGCGCAGACCAAGCCAGGGCUCAAUUUAGCGUUCUUGCACCAGUUCCUGAGCUUGAUGAGCAUCAUGCUGCCGAGAUGGUCGAGCAAGGAGGCAGGGCUGCUGAUCAGUCAUGGAGUGUUCCUCAUGCUGAGGACAUAUCUGUCUCUGGUUGUUGCCCGACUAGACGGUGAGAUUUGGUGUGGUCUCGGUGGCUUCGCCUCCUACACAAAUGCCACAAUCAAAUUCCUCGAGUCCAAGGUAUCCAUCGCCUUCCGGACGCGACUGACGAGGUAUAUCCACGAUCUUUACCUCAACGACAACCUGAACUACUACAAGCUCUCCAACCUGGACGGUGGCAUUGGACAAGGCGCCGACCAGUUCAUUACGCAAGACUUGACACUCUUCUGCGCAUCGGCAGCGCAACUCUACUCAUCCCUUGGCAAGCCGUUUGUCGACCUUUGCGUUUUCAACUUCCAGCUGUACCGAUCACUCGGCCCCCUGGCCUUGACGGGAUUGUUGAGUAACUACUUCCUCACAGCCAGCAUCCUUCGAAGGCUGUCGCCCCCCUUUGGCAAGCUCAAGGCAGUCGAGGGCCGCAAGGAGGGCGACUUCCGAAGUCUGCAUGCCCGUCUCAUUGCCAACGCCGAGGAAGUCGCCUUUUACGGUGGCGCAGAGAUGGAGAAGACCUUUCUGAACCGCGAGUUCAAGUCGCUCAAAACUUGGAUGGAGGGUAUCUACAUGCUCAAGAUCCGCUACAACAUUCUUGAAGACUUCAUUUUGAAAUACAGCUGGAGUGCCUACGGCUAUCUACUCGCCUCGUUGCCCGUCUUCCUCCCAGCCUGGGGCGGCAUUGGCGGGGCUGCUGAGAUGGCAGCUGGAGCGGUCAAGGGCGGCCGGGAGCGCAACCGAAUGAGGGAGUUCAUCACGAACAAGAGGCUCAUGCUCUCGCUGGCCGACGCCGGCGGUCGCAUGAUGUACUCCAUCAAGGAUCUUUCCGAGCUUGCUGGCCACACGAGCCGAGUGUACACAUUGAUCUCCACCCUGCAUCGUGUGCAUGCCAACGCCUACUACCAGCGCAAGGGGCAGAACGAGCUCUACUCUGCGUCCGACGUGCAAGGCACCAUCCAGAAGGGAUUCGAUGGCGUGCGUUUUGAGCAUGUCCCCGUCGUUGCCCCUGGACUGUGGCCACAAGGCGGCGAAGAGCUGCUGGAGUCGCUGUCCCUCAUCGUUCGCAGUGGCGAGCAUCUCCUUAUCUCCGGGCCCAACGGCGUCGGCAAAAGUGCCAUCGCGCGCAUCCUCGCAGGCCUGUGGCCCGUCUACCGCGGCCUUGUCAGUCGGCCCAAGAACAUUGGCGAAGACGGUAUUAUGUUCCUGCCCCAGCGCCCCUACCUCAGCCCCGGCACCCUUCGUGACCAGGUGAUCUACCCCGAUGGCCAUCAGGACAUGCGACAGAAACGUAAGAGCGAAGACGACCUCAAGCGUGUCCUGGAGGAAGCCAAGCUCGGCUACUUGCCCGACCGUGAGGGCGGCUGGGACACGCGCAAGGAAUGGAAGGAUGUGCUGAGUGGUGGCGAAAAGCAGAGAAUGGGCUUUGCACGUCUAUUGUAUCACGAGCCGCAGUACGCGAUCAUCGAUGAGGGCACCAGUGCCGUCUCGAGCGAUGUGGAAGGUCUGCUGUAUGAGACAUGCAAGGAAAAGGGCAUCACCUUAAUCACGAUCUCGACGAGGGCCUCGCUGAAGAAGUACCACACGUACAACCUCAUCCUGGGCCAGGGCGACAACGGCGACGAGUGGGAGUUUGAGCGCAUCGGCACGGAGCGGGAGAAGCUGCAAGUCGAGAAGGAGCUGCAAGAGCUGCGCGAGAGGCUGUCCAAGGUGGAUGAUUGGAAGACGAGGAGAAGUGCGAUCGAGGCAGAGCUUGCGGCCGUGUGGACGGAGGCGGGCGAGUCUCUGGAAGCGCCCUCGUAUGCCAAGGACGAUGCAGGCAAAGUCGCUGAGGGCGAGACCGAGGUUCAGGAGACGCAGAAAGACGAUGGCAGGUCCGAGACGGAGGGCGAGACCGCAUCGUCGUACAAGGCAGGGAGCGAAGGUGUAGAGGUUGAGGCAGUGGACGCCUGA